UUAGCAACCUUGUGUUUGAUAAGAAUUCGCGCCCCCGAAAUACGAUUAUUGUUAUCAUAAAUAAAUCGACAUGACACUGGCAAUCAACAGUAAGCCAUUAAAAAAAAAAAUAUAUUUGAUCUAGCAACAUUACUUUUCCCCGCCACCCUCAGCAAAUCCUCAUUUAUUAUCUCUUUUGCUUGUUGCCUUGUUUGUUGGUGUUACUGUUUUUGAUGUUGUGAAACCACAAUGCGAAUUGAUUGAUCGAUUUCCACGUUUUACAUAAAAUUUUCUUGUGUAAGCAAUUGUAUAACACUAGUUCAAUCACAAUCAACAUAUCCAUAUCAAGAUGAUGGACGACGCGAUUGACAUGUCAUUAGAUGACAUCAUAAAACAGAGACAAAUUGGCAAAAACACCCAAGGGAAAAAUCGAAACUUUAACCAGGGUGGUAACAAUCCCUAUAACCAAGGUGGAAACAGAAAUUUUAACCAAGGAGGUAACCAAAAUUAUAGCCCGGGUAAUAAAAAAUUUAAUAAUCAAAAUGGAAAUAACCGAAACUACAACCCAGGAAAUAGAAAUCAAAAUGAUCAGAUGAAUCAAAACCAUAAUGGUAUGAACCAUAAUAACCAGGGUGGUAUGAACCGGAAUUUCCACGGUGGCAUGAACCAAGGUAACCGUAACUGGAAUCAGAGAAACAGGGGACGGUCUCAGUCACGGGCAAGAUCACACAGCCGCUCACGGUCCAGAUCUCACUUCUCCCGCGACGGCUCCCAAUCUCGCGACCGCUCGCAACGCUCCCAGUCUCGUGCGCGCUCGCGAUCUCGCCAGCGCUCGAAAUCUCGGUCUCGCUCGCGCUCGAGAUCGACGUUCACGCCGCGAGGUCGCGCUGGACUGGAUGAGCCGGUUAGCGGCAUUCCUGACUUAGUGCGGGUUGGGAAUUAUUCAGGCGGCUUCCAGAACCGAAACUAUAACAACCGGAACAACUAUCGGCAAAACUCACGCCCAAACUACGACUCAGACUUGACCGUGAGCAUCGGCAACAAUUUCGCUCAGCUACGCAACAAAAACUACCUAAAUAAAAACUCGCUCAACCAACUCAACAACCAAUAUAAUAAACAAGGUUACAAAAAAGGACCAGGCUCUGUUGGAUCCAAUCGAUCCAACUAUUCAAAUAGAUCCAAUCACUCAAAUAAGUCGAACAAAUCUUUCAACAAUUCAAAUAAGUCUUUCAACAACUCAAAUAAGUCUUUCAACAACUCAAAUAAGUCUUUCAACAACUCGAAUAAGUCUUUCAACUCUAACAAAUCGUUUGGAAACCGACAAAAACAGCCGUUUUCAAAGCAAAUGCUAGAUCCGGAGCUUCAGAAACAAAUAGCAGCUAUGCAGAAAAAGAUUCCGGGGACUAUUGUUAUACCUAGUGGAGUAGAUUUCGCGCCUACACCUGCAACUACUCUGAUGACGCUUCAUGAGAGAUUUGGAUCAUAAGGUAAGCUGCCGUGAACCUAAACUGCUGUAACUGGCAAUUUUCCAAUUAUAGCUUAUUUUUCGUCACAAUUUGAUAAAAUUUGUUAAGUUUAAAAAGUUCUGAGUGUACCUAAUAAAGACUAAAUACCAUUUAGGUACAAUUUUAAAUACAUAUGGUGAAAUUACGCUUAUAUUGUUCAGAAUGGGACAGUCAGUGGCAUAGUCCGAUUUUAUCGCCUGUCACUUUCGCACUUACAUACUUGUUAGAACGUGAUAGGCGAUAAAACGCGACCGUGCUACCACCGCUGACAAAAUAUUUUAAUCGGCUCUUUAAUGAUUUUUUGUCGUGAUCUAUGUAUAUUAAACUCAGAAUUAUAUCCAAUCGUUUUUCAAUUUGAACUAUUUUGAACACUAGGAAAUCAGAAUCUUAUAAGGGUUUUGAAGAGUCGGUUAAAGGUCUAACGAUGGAACUUAGCAUUUUCUUUUACAAUUUUUUAGAGAAUUAACAUAAAUUCGGUAAAUUUCAAAUUUCUCACACAAAUUGAGUAGCCUUUGCUAUGAGAUAUAAUAAAAUUGUGCUUGUUUUUAUAUCCUAGAUACUAAAGUGGCAUUUCGAUUGGCCUGUUUGAAUAAGGUGUGUUCGAGUAAUUCCGAUCAAUACGAAAUAAAUAAAUAUUAUAAUUAUACACAGACAAUCUAGUCUCACAGUAAGCUCAAUAAGGCCUGUGAUGUUGGUACUGUAGUUUAGUUUGUUUUUUUUUUUGCAUUAGAAAAAAGGUUAUACAAUAUUGACAUGUAUUGGGUCAUUACCUAUGAAAUUGGCGUUUUUGUUCAUAAGUAUUAGUCGUGUCAUAGUUUAUUUAUUUUAACAGUAACUUCGAAGUAUUUUUUAAUUUCAUUAGUGCGCUACAUAACAACGAUUUUACAUACAAUUAUUUGUUACUUUUAUUGUUUUAUGUAUUCAGAAUACCUCCCUGAAAACAGCUCUUUUCAUGUGCUGCCGGCUCGAGUAUUUAAAUGACUUAUAUUUUUCUGACGGGACAGAUUAAAAAAAAAUAGAUAGAAAAUGUGCCUUAAAAUGUCUCAGAUUACUGGCAAAAAUUUGUUUGGUUUGAAAAUGCCAUCACAAAUAAAUCCGCAAAAUUAAUUGUAUGAAAAAUCGAAUUUCGUUAAAGUUCUCCAAACAAAACGCCAAUUUCAUAGGUAAUGACCUAAUAUUUUUAUUGAAAACUUUACAAAAAUCAUUAACUAAUGAAAGCAAAAGAAUAUAAAUGAUCGUAUAUGAUUUAUAAUUGUUACAUAUUUGCAGUGAUUUGUUUUUCAAUAAAAAUACACUUCAAAAUCGCUUACCUUCUUUCUAAUGCUCUUCUUCCUUGCGUUGUCCCGGCAUUUUGCCACGGCUCAUGGGAGCCUGGGGUCCGCUUGACAACUAAUCUCAAGAUUUGGCGUAGGUACUAGUUUUUACGAAAGCUACUGCCAUCUGACCUUCCAACCCAGAGGGUAAACUAGGACUUACAGGGAUUAGUCCAGUUUUCUCACGAUGUUUUCCUUCACCGAAAAGCGACUGGUAAAUAUGAAAUGAUAUUUCGUACAUAAGUUCCGAAAAACUCAUUGGUACGAGCCGGGGUUUGAACCCGCGACCUCCGGAUUGCAAGUCGACGCUUCUCCUGCUUCUUCUUUCUAAUGCUAAAAGUACGAAAUAUAGACGUCAAUAAAUAUAAUACAUAACUCAAAUAUUGAAUUUGUUAUAUGCACACAAAUAAAUGCCCUUACCAGAGUUACCAGGAUUCGAAUCCGGGACCUCCUGUUUCGUUGGCAGCAUCACUACCGACUAGGAUAGGACUAAUUCUAUCCAUCUUAUUUGAGUCUUUGGAAUUACCGAUAUUCUGACUUUUCGGAAUUACCCGGAUACACCUUACUACGAAAUCAUGUGCCUUUUUACUCAUUUUAUACUUAAGUGACAGUCCAGUCGGACACAUUGGGGCAAUGUAUAGUCUUUCAAACGCGAAGGGUAGGGUGACAUUUGAUUUUUUUUUUGCCUCUGCCGAGACGGCGCGCUCGUUUGAGCGUGGACGUCUACACUGGCCGGUUUGUGCGCGAGGAAAUUGCCUCGCGCGUAUGAUCGCUCUGGUUGGACCCAACUAUGACGUUUCAUACCAAUCCUUUUAUAACUAAAAUAACUUGAAUUCCAAUAAGACAAUAAAUAUAUAUUUAUAUUUCCGAACGAUUAUUAUUAACUAUCACUAAAAAAAAAUCCACAGCGCAGGCUUCGUCAACAAUAAAUACAUUUCUUCGUAGCUUAGAAUAUCUCAUUACAAAUUACCAAAAUAGGUAGGUUAUAUUAUGUUAUAACAAUAAAUAGAUAAGUUCUAAUACCUUUGAGUUUCAAUGUAAAACGGAACUCAAUUGCAAUAUAGUUUGACUCUACUUAUCGACCGAAUACCGAAUCGAUUCCGCUCGUGUCAAAUCGUUUCAGUCGCGUCCAAUUAUGAAGGUGUUUACUUAAAAAUAUAAAUCAUCAGAUCAUCACCAAUAGUUGGGUCCUCACAGAGCGUGAAUACGCGCGAGGCAAUUUCCUCAUAACGGUUAUUGUAUAUAGGUGGUUUUCGCCUUGGCCGAGGCAGCGCGCGCGUUUUCCUCGGGAUUAUAUGGCCUUUGCAGAUUUAAUCGAGAAUCGAAAAAAACGUUUCUAAUUUGCAUUGUGACAACCCUAUAAUUUACUGUUGACAUGUGUCAGCCUACCUUCAGAGUUAGAAAAAGACUUUCAUUUUAGUAGAUGGGGGUUGUCGUUGAGAUUCAAGAUGGCGAAGACUUCUCGAGAAUAUUUUUUUGUGUUUUGCUCAUUUAUGUUGUUCAAAAAGUAGUAUUGAUAGCUUAUUAUGCAGUGAACUAUCGUGGAAGUGUGCAGGUAAUGAAAAACUAAUCUUGAAACGCGUUUAACCAUGUUUUAAUCAACAUCCGGCAAUCCAUCGUGGCUUUUAGUAAAGUCGAGCUAUCUCUUUACUAAAAGCAUCUACCGAACAACGUCAUGCUCUACGAGCACACUUAAAACUUACAACGAAACUUGACAUUGGCAAAAUCAUCAUAGAUUUGAUGGAAGCCAUAUUUUAAAAGAAGUAGUAGAUGGGAUAACAAGAUAGUAUUUCUUUGCAAAUUGUUCGGAUACUCCACCGAACACUAUGAUCGUAAUAUGAUAAGAUUCAUAUACUAGCCGUGUCUUAUCCAACCUCGACAUUGGCAGAAUCAUCAACACCUUGAUGGAGCCAUAACACGAAAAAUUGAUUGAUUGGUAUAAUAAUAAUUAGUAUAUAUGUUUUUCACGUUGUAUGUAAGUUACAUACUGUAAAACAAAUAUCAAGCGUCUAUUACGUGUGUAUGAUUUAAAGCACAGAACAGUACCAGAUAUCUUGGAGCAGCCAUGAUGUUCUCAAAUAUCUCAACAAAGCCUUAUCAAGAGGCACAUGUUCAGAUAUUUUUGGACACCUUGGCCGCUCCGAUAUAUCUAAUAGCCACUGUACCUAAGGGAUGUAUACUUUUACGUACCUACAUGGUAGUUUCAUAGAUAAGUGAACUUAACGUUAAGUUAAAUAUAAUUAAGAAGCAUUAAGUUUAAUAUAAUAAUGAAGAUUUUUUUGACGUGUUUCCUUUAACGAAGUUGUAUAUUUCUUUUGUGAGAUCAACUGUAAUAAAAUAACCCUUUCAACGUCGACAACGCCAAAAUAUGCCAGAAGGUACAAAUAUAGAACACUUGAUAAGUACAUUUAUUUAUUUAAUACUUACGCGAUUUUAUAUUUCAUGAUUUUGCCUUUUAUCCGACGUUUUAGCAUAAUAAAUAAUAGUACUUAAUAUAGUAACCGUAGAGAAAUUAAACUUCCUACAAAACCGAAGUUUGACAACGAAUCAUGCUGUCCCUUUCUAAUGUAUGGCACUAUUCCUUUCGACUGUGGUCGUGCACGCAUAGGGACGUCAAGUUGUGCCAACCGUAUUAAUUGCUCGGAGCAAUGCUGAGCCGAAUGGAGGCGAGAAUGCCCGAAAAGAGGAGUGUCGCCCCACUGGUUUUAGCCAGGUUGCACAAGCAACAUAUUUUUAGUGGAAAUAAAAUAACAA